CCUCCUCCUUGGAGUGACUCAGCAAAGCAGGAAGUGAUCUCAGCUAAGUACGCACUUAUGUCAGCUGUGUGCAGACCCAGAAUAGCCUGGGGAGGUGUUUCUAAACAGAGAUCUGCAGCCAGUUAUCAGCUGACCAGCAGCAUGCGAGCUUCUGUGCAUUUCCUGUAAUUCUUCUGCUGUCUGCUCUGCAAACACAAGUGAAGUGUUAAGUAUGGCGGCCAGGCUCUCUCUCCCAGAGGAGGAGCUCACCUGCUCAAUAUGCUGCAACAUCUUCAGGGACCCAGUGGUCCUCAAGUGCACCCACAGCUUCUGCGGGCCCUGCCUGCAGCAGUACUGGACUGGAAAAAGAGGAAGACGCGACUGUCCCCUUUGUCGAACCCAGAAUCUGGAUGAUCCCAUCCCCAGUCUCACCCUGAAGAACCUGUGUGAGUGUUAUGUGCAGGAAGAGAGUCAGGAUGUGGAGGGGUCAGGGGGGGAGCUGUACUGUGAUCCAGGGGAGCUGUGCCCCCUCCAUGGGGAGAAGCUGAAACUGUACUGCUUGUUGGACAAGGAGCCCAUCUGUGUGGUCUGCCACACAUCAAGGAAACACAAGCAGCAUGACUGCUGUCCAAUUAGUGAGGCUGUAGUAGAUGUGAAGGAGAAGUUGCUGUCUGCUCUGAGCUCGUUGCAAGAGAAGAAAGAAUCGUUUGAAAACAUGAAGAAAAACUACGAGGACACCGUAACGCACAUUCAGGUCCAGACUCGGUUUGUGGAAAGACGGACCCACGAGGAGUUUGAAAAGCUCCACGCCUUCCUUCGCGUGGAGGAGGAGUCCAGGAUGGAAGCGCUGAGGAGCGAGGAGGAGCAGAAGACUGCAGAGAUGAGACGGAAGAUGGAGGAACUCGAGACGAACGUGUCACGAGUGUCUGAAACCAUCCGAGUUUUGGAGGAGGAGAUGUCUCAGGAGGACAUCUCUGUCCUUCGUAACUGCGGGAGAACACUAGAAAGGGCGAAUAUUCCAGUUCAAGAUCCGGUAAUGGCUUCAGGAGUUCUUAUAGAUGUAGCCAAACACAUUGGCUCUUUAUCUUUCCAAGUGUGGGAGAAGAUGCAAAAGAUUGCCAGAUACAAUCCAGUCACCCUGGAUCCCAACACUGCCGCCCCCUGGCUCGUCCUGUCGGACGACCUCACCAGCAUCUGUGACAGCGACGAGAAGCAGAAGCUGCCCAACAACCCGGAGAGGUUCGACCCCGACACGGCCAUCCUGGGCCGAGAGGGCCUGACCUCCGGGAGGCACUCCUGGGAGGUGGACGUUGGUGAUAACACAGCGUGGGUUGUGGGCGUGGCCAAGGAAUCUGUCAAGAGGAAAGAGAAAGUCAACUCAGUCCUGAAAAACGGCUACCUGUGUGUGUACUUCUACCACAACAUGUACUUCGCCGGCACGUCUCCUCUGACACGGCUCGGCUUGAAAAGGAACCCGCAGAGGAUCAGAGUGCUGCUGGACUGUGACGAGGGCAGGGUGUCCUUCGACGAUCCUCACAACAACACACACAUCUACACCUUCAAACACAGCGUCACCGAGGCCAUGUUUCCCUACCUCUGGGUGGGCUGUCAGAAGUGUCCUCUGGCCGUCCGACCAGUGGAAGUUUCCCUAAAUGUUGCAGAGUAUUUCAAACAGGUUGGCUUUUUAAAUCCAACUGCAUAAUUUUAAACACCGUCCUCUAAUCACGCGACACUUUUUGAUUCUCCGAGGUUUAAUGCAUUUGCUCUGGUUUUUGUGUGAACAUCUGAUUUGCUGGUGUGAAGGAAUGUUUUGCUUCUUACUCUUAGUUGUAUGCUAAUAAAGUGAUCCUAAAUGAA